AUGUCCGACGAAGUUGUACAAUUGACUACUUUGGAAUCAAUGGAAGAGUUCCCAGUGAACCAAAAACCCCAAUCAUCUCCUCAACGUAUAGCUAAAGAUAUUCUUGCAGGUACCACAGGUGGUAUCGCUCAAGUACUUGUUGGUCAACCAUUUGAUACAACAAAAGUUAGAUUACAAACUUCGACAAGGCCGACAGGUGUAUUAGAAGUUAUUAGAAAUUUAGUACGUGAAGAAGGACCUCGUGCUUUUUAUAAAGGUACAUUAACUCCGUUGAUCGGAUGUGGUUUAUGUGUUUCCGUACAAUUUGGUGUUAAUGAAUCAAUGAAACGUCUCUUACAUUCAAGACAUCCAAAUCGUAAAACAUUAUCAUUACCUGAAUUUUAUCUUUGUGGUUUAACAGGUGGUUUUACAAAUUCAUUUUUAGCAUCACCAAUUGAACAUGUUAGAAUUAGAUUACAAACACAGAAAAAUCAAAAAGUUUUUAAUGGUCCUAUUGAUUGUAUUAAACAAUUAUUGGAACAUGGUGCAUUAAUGCGUGGUUUACCUGUAAUGAUGUUAAGAGCAGGUCAUGGGCUGGGCUGUUAUUUUUUAGUUUAUGAAGCUUUAAUAUCAAGAGAAAUUCAUAAUGGUAUAAAACGUAUCGAAAUUCCUGCUUGGAAACUUUGUAGUUUUGGUGCAAUUGCAGGAACUGUAUUAUGGGUAGCCAUUUAUCCAUUAGAUGUUAUAAAAUCAGUAAUACAAACAGACAAUUUGAAAAAACCUGUUUAUAAAAAUUCAAUGAUUAAAGUUGCUAAAACAUUAUAUGCAAAAGAAGGUGCAAUGGCUUUCUUUAAAGGGUUUGUACCAACUAUAUUGAGAGCUUCGCCUGUUAAUGCAGCAACAUUUUUAUCAUUUGAAUGUGCAAUGAGACUUAUGGGAUAA